AUGUUAAUACCAACUCGCGUGGUCGUUUUCUGGUACUGUUGCUCUGGACUGUUGAUCCCCAGACAGAUGUUGCACCAUCAGGGUCUCCUCAAGUGCCGCUGCCGCAUGUUGUUCAAUGACUUGAAGGUCUUCCUUCUGCGGAGACCCCCGGCCCCUCCUCCGCCCCCGCCGCUGCCUCUCCCUCCCAUGAGCAGAACAGACCAAGCCUUGAGUGUACAGGCAUCUAAUAACAACACGCUGACUACGCUAUAUGGAGGGCGAUGGGCACCUCGGAGAGCGCCGACGGACGGGGGUGGUGGUGGUGAUGGAGGAGGAGGAGGAGGGGGCGUCACGAGCCCCCACGAAGAAGAGUGGGAAAGCCCUGGCGGAGAGGGAGAGCUUUCCACGACUGUGAUGAGUAGCACCUCCUCCAAUGACUUCUGCAAAGGGAAGGCAGAGGAUGGGUAUUCUCUGGGGAGCAGUUUGGAUAGUGGAAUGAGAACGCCUCUCUGCAGGAUCUGCUUUCAGGGACCAGAGCAGGGUGAGUUGCUGAGUCCAUGUCGGUGUGAUGGGUCAGUGAAAUGUACACAUCAACCUUGCCUGAUCAAAUGGAUCAGCGAGAGGGGAUGCUGGAGCUGUGAGCUGUGUUACUACAAGUAUCACGUCAUUGCCAUAAGCACAAAGAACCCCCUGCAGUGGCAGACCAUUUCUCUGACCGUCAUCGAAAAAGUUCAGAUAGCAGCAGCCAUCUUGGGUUCCCUUUUCCUUAUCGCCAGUAUCUCGUGGCUUAUCUGGUCAACUUUCAGUCCGUCCGCUAAGUGGCAGCGCCAAGACCUGCUCUUCCAGAUCUGUUAUGGGAUGUAUGGCUUCAUGGAUAUUGUCUGUAUAGGUCUCAUAAUACAUGAAGGACCCUCGGUUUACCGAAUUUUUAAAAGGUGGCAAGCAGUCAAUCAACAGUGGAAAGUUUUGAACUAUGACAAAACAAAGGACUUGGAGGAUCAAAAAUCAGGGUCUAGGAGCAAUCAACGAAACUCCUCUCAGAUCAACCAUUCAUCCUCCACUAAUGGCGCAGCCAGCAACUCCGCUGUGGAAGACAGUGUUGCCCGAGGAGCUGGUCACACCAUGGGUACUUUGUCUGAUCAUCACUGUGCUUAUACCAUCUUGCAUAUACUCAGCCAUUUGAGGCCUAAUGAACAGAGAAGCCAUUCUAGCACAAACAGAGAGCUUGUCAUGAGAGUCACAACAGUUUAA